AUGUCUCGCGUGAGUGCACAUUAUGAUGGUUACGAGAUCAAAUACCUAAGUUUUUCUGAGAACUUCGCCUGUUUCGUCCCACCAAAUGAUUUAAAGACAGUCUUCAUUCUCGAAAUCAGUCGCUUACGUUUGUGCGAUGAAGAAAAGUCUUUAUCGAAAACUGAACCAAAAAGUUUGUGCUAUGAGCAUUAUGAAGCAAAAAUUGUCAGACAUUUCGAGUUUGGAAACAUGAUUUACGUCCUGACUUAUGAUGAUGUUGCAAUACGAGUCCAUCGGUCGAAGAUCAGCACAACUGGGGAUGUACAGACUAGCUGCAUUUCAGAGGUACCUCAAGAAUCUGUGUCCGCAGUCGAUUUCGACGUUCAGCAAAUGCGAGUCGCAUUGGCGUCGCCCUUUAAUGUUUAUAUAUGUAAUCUGGAUAAUCGCUGUGAAAUUUUGGAUCUGGGAACCCAUAUGCGCAAAGUCACCUCGGUUAACUUUUUAGCAACAGAUUUUCUUGGUUCAUUGGACGAAUCAGGUUUGUGCAAAGUUUGGAAUACUGGUACACUGAUACUACACGUGUCUGUUUUAUUGAAUGGGAUGUCUUCCUUCGUUUGUGCAAAGGACCUAAUGUUUUAUGGUACAACUGAUGGUCAGAUUUACUCUACCUCAAUUACAAAUUCAAAGAGUCGUCCUGAAUACUUUUCAAUAAUACCAAGGCCUCCAAUAAUUUCCGGAAAUCAUGACUUCAAAGGUUCAUUCAGGCAAGAGUGGAAUAUUGCAACAGCCAUGAAAAGCAUAUCCAUUUCGGACCAAGCAGCAUCGGAAGUUUUAGCCAUAGGAUUGUGUCCAUCCCAUCAGUCAAACCUGCAUAUGUUAUGUAUUGUUACCACAACUGGAAUUUAUUUACUUAACCAACGGACCCGAACUUUCGAUAUGACAUUUCCAAUAAACAAUCUACUUUUGCCGAACUGGUGCUAUGCAACUUCGGCCGAAAUCUUUGUUUCUAAGAAUUUUGUACUAAUUGGACUGCGAUCACUUAAUGGUCGAUGUGUUUUGAUAUCGGUUGACAUGGAGAUCUUGUCUGAUUUGGAUCACGAACAAAGCGAGCUUUCAUCUGUGGAGAGCAUCAAAAGCUGUGAGCUAUCAUUUUUGGCAACACUGACUAACAAGUUGCACCGGAGAUAUCGAUACGACCCUGAGCCUUCAUUCUGUUGUCUUGUUUCCGAGCGUCUCGAAGCAGAAGAAACGCCUAUAUAUUCUGUUUCAUACUCACCGACGGAUGAUCGAGUGGCCGUGGCUCAGGGGAACGGUUUAUGCUCCAUAUUGCGGACGGCUAGAUCGGGCGAUAGGGCCCGGCCAGGAGGGUGGAGGGAGCAAACGGUUCUUGUGGGGCACCAGGGCAUCGUAUCCAGCGCGGAGUGGUCACUGGAUGGCCACCUCAUCAUCACCACCUCGACAGACAGAACAGCCCGCCUGUGGUCCGCCAAUGGAGGGGCUCUCCGCCUUGUCGUGGCCUCGCCCCGCGGCGGUUGUGCCGAUGGUCACGGACAACCUUUGCGCACCAUAUCAGCCACCACUAACACGAAGAAUUGCCCCAUUUCCUCUGCUUUUGUUGAUCAUGUGCAAUUCGGAAAGUUCCAUUUGCAGGACAGCUUCUUCCAUGUGACCUGUCAAAAUAAAAUAUUUUUCUUCACCUUCAACAUUGACAAGAAUUCCAACGUUCUCCAAAAAGCGUAUGAGUGCGGUUUUGGUGGUAGUGGUGACACCGCCGGAGCCUACAGCUUCUUUGCUACGGCGGCGCCGGGCGACAGUGUGCGCCUGUGGGACCUCCGAGUGGCCCGCGGCCACGUUGCUGAAGUGGCCUGCUGCCGGGCUCCCUUCGGCACUGGCGAGGGCAGUGGAGUGGGUGGAGCGGUGCGAGACUCAGCUGUCCCUCCAGUGUCUCUAACCUUCUCCCCAUGUGGUCGCUACGUCUGUUUUGGGGCGCUCGCCUCCACGAGCACCACUCAAUACCUGACUCCCACUGUGGUAGACAUUCGUCAGGUCUGCAGGCCUCUGGCCCAUCUGACGCUCCCUGACCGCAGACCCAGUAUCAGCAGUGCGGCAACUGUCGUGGCGUGGAAUCCUAUCAGACCUGAGAUCACAACAGGUUCUUUGGAUGGACGCCUUUCAAUUUUUGGAUAA